GUUCGACGUUUGACGGCCGAUAAACAAUAGGGGGACGCGUCCCGUGCGAGCGGCGAGUAAAAUUUCGCGGCCGAUACGAUACGAGUACAAUACGCGAGUCGCAAAGAUGGUCGCCCUCAUUUGUCAAGCAACGAUGACGACGAUGAUCUCGUAUUCGCCGUGUCCUCUACCCGCUAUGCGCCCCCGUUAGCGUGUGAGAAACCGGAGUCGCCAAAUUCCAAGUGAUUGUUCAGUACAUCGCUCAACAUACUGGCUAUGAAAAUGAAGAUUCCGAACGGUGGAUCAGGAAGCGGUUAUUACGGACAUGAAACAGGUAUUACUUCCUACAUGGAUAACAACAGCGAUACAGAACCUGAGGUGCAAGGAAUAGGCGAUGGUGAUUUCUCGGAGUAUCUGUGGAUGGAGAAUGAGGAGGAAUUUGACAAACAGGUACUCCAACAAUUGGAAGAGGAAGAAUUGAUGGAGGAAUGUCUAGAAGCAAUGUUAGAAGAAGAGAGGCAACAUCAGAGGAAUAUGAAUUCCACAGCUUGGUCCACAGCCACCGGUACUUCUGAUAAUAAUGCUGCUGAGCUUUGUCAACAACUUAGCAAUCUGAGAAUGCCCGACGAUCUUGCUAAACAGAGCACGCUAAAUCCAGAUGCAGCUGAAUUUAUUCCGGCACGCAAAUCAACUGUGGUAUCUGUAAGUACAUCGUCAGAAACCACAGUCACCACUGAACCAUCGUAGAAAUCUUUUGUAUCUUUCUUCUUGUCCCUCCCUGUUUAAGUCACGUAAAAUCGGGCUACAUGUAAUGUUUAGAGUUUACUAUUUCUAAUCUGAGACAGUGGUAUUAUAAGUGGAUCGUAUUAGAGGUUCAAUGACUGUGACUGUACGUACAAAGAUAAAGAGAGAUAAAGAGCGCGAACAGUGCGUAAUGUGCGUCAUCCAAACGUAAUGCCAGUUACGUAACCUUCGCGUGAAAUACUUAAAUGUAAUACCGAAAUUUUUAUAGACGAAAAAUAUCGAACGUGAUAUUGCGUGGGAUAAUUAUGUAUGUUUUUUGUCGAAAAAUAUUAACGAACGAUCGUAUAUGAAAAUCACUUGUUAAAAAAAAUUUGCAAUUUAUAUCUCUUGUUCAAUCCCGUUUACACCAAGAAUAGGUUUUCGCGCAGGCAGAUAUUUUUAGCAUUUUUAAUUUAUAUAAAUUACAAUCAUUGCACGGGAAUAAUUUGUAUGGGUAUAACUUAUUGCUUACAAAUUGAAAGAAUAGAAGGAAUAGAACGCAUGGACCGUUUAGACAGAAGAAAGUCUCAUAAGUUUCUAAAGUAAUGUAUAUACACACACAAGCAAGAACAUACACACAUACUGUUUUGUAAAUUAUGUUCAUAUCUUAUGUAUAUGUAUGUCUCAAUCAGAUCCCAUCAUCCUGAAUUGUAAACCUUUUUAUCUUUUUCAUCAAGCCGUAAAACACAGUUGUAAAAUUUUUUACAUCCUGAAAAAGUGUUUUAUAGUUUGGUGUCCAUCUGCCCAAUGAAAACUUUCCUUAAGAGUUCCUUUUGCAAUAAUCCUUAUAGCAAAGAGAAUGAAAUAUUUACAGAAUCAUUAGCAGGACAUAUAUCAUGAUCAUGAAGAUAUCACGUUACCUUAUAACAAAUAUUUCGCUUCCGAUAGAUGAAUCAACACAAUUGCAACCUAUAAAUGCGAAAAAUCAGGAUUAUAAUUUGUACAAAUGUAUUGUUUCGCUUAGAAAUUUGCAUAAGAAAGAUAUAUUCGAGUACUAUCACAUUGAGUCCUGCUUCAGCAUUCAUUCAACAAACUUAAAGAUCUCAAGUGAAAGUCUUACUUAGGCUGUGAGGGACUCUUUUUAUGACUCUUUUAGUGACACUGAGAAUCAGGAUACUAUUUACUUAUUUUUUAAAUCAAUUUCCAUGAGAUACUUUGAAAUUUUAGGAGAUUAUAGAUUGUAGUCUUGAAGAAAUAUGAGAAUAGAAUAAAUGGUGAAUGUACUUCAAAUCCGCUUGAAUAGCAAGAAGAUUGAUUUGACUUUUGCAUAAUAUUUACAUAUAUACUCAUUAUUUACAAAAGAGAGAGAGAGAGAGUGGAUAUCACAUCACAUCACAUAUUUAUACAAUAUUUGAUACUUCCUCUCUAUCUCUUGUGAUUUCUCUUAUGAAUCAUUUGUUUUAUUUGAAAUAACUUCUAAAUCAUAUUAUCUCGUAAUGUUCCUUUAAAAUUUGAGAAAAUAUUGAAUUAUAUCCUCUGUAAAUUUAAAAUCAAACUUUUUGCAAUCCAAGAUUAUAAUAACAAUUAAAACGCAUUCGUGCUUACUUACUUGGUGAUAUCUGCCAUUCUUUUUAAUGAUUAUGAAUAAGUGUAUGAAUUUUAAUAAGAUCUAUAUAUUGAGAUAUCUAUAUAUUGUUUCGUGUUUGCGUUCUAUAUACUUUAUAUGAAGUAAAUAUAUGCACAUUGUUUUAGUUACAACCUGGUUUAGUAUGAACAUAGAAACUGUGAUUAUCAAAAAAACAGCGCGUUACUAAGUUUACCGAAUGUUAUUCACAUAUAUGAGACACAUUAUAUUAGUUUUUUACAAUCCACUUUGGAAUCCCUUUUCCUGUCAUUUAUUUUACACAAAAAAUACGAUAUUAUUAAGCUUAUAAUAUACACGCUCAGUUACAGACUUAAUCAUCAAAAGAAUAAAAAUUAUAAAGAAAGGCAAUGCGCGAGACUCUGGGAAUAGUCUGUUAUUUUAUGAUGUAUUACAUUUAACAAAUUGAAGGUAACACAAGGAGAUUACGAAUUUUGUGAUGCUUUCAAGAAAAAAAAAGAAUCAAUCAACGCGAGUCUAAACUAAAGCAGAGACUGAUUUCACGUCCAUUUUUACGUCAGCUUUAAUACCUGAAGUAGGUCGUAUAUAAUCAUCUUUUAAUUAUUAUUUUACAACCGCUAAUCUCGCUAGGCUCUGUGUAAUAUAGAAAAUUAUUUGCAAUAUUAUACUAUGCUGCAUAAUACUGAGAUACUCGUUGAUACUGAUAUUGGAAAUAUGCCGGCUAUUGUUCUACAUUUAAAGAUUUAUUGAUUAAAAAAGAAAUCUAGUUUCUGCUAUACGUCUAUCUUAAAACUUUGUUUCUUAAAAUUUUCACAAAAAUUGAUCUUAUCUAUGAAAAAAAAGUAUGCGAAUAAAGAUGCGAUUUAUUUGUAGAUUGUAUAAAUAAGUCGUUAUAUGUGAAAAAUAUAUGUUAUAAAUGUACCCAUAUAUAUCUCUCAUCAUUGUUCAAAUUGUACAAAUUAAUUUUGCCUUAUUUUCAAAUAAUGCAAGUCACAUAAUAUGUUAAUAUGAUAUUGUAUCAAUAGAUUUCUGAAUUGAGAUUUAUAAAUGCUACAUGAUUUAUUCGCAUAAAUUCUUAGAUUUCUUAUAAUUUUUAAAUUCUCUUGUCUCGAAUCUUUUAUAAUUAUUCGCAUUGAUAAUUAUUCGCGCAUCACUUUCUUUUCAAUUCACUUGCAUAUAUUGAUAUCUCUAAUCAGCAUGUAAUGUUAAGAAUAUUAGGUUAUUCUAGAUUUAAGAAAAAUGUGCAGCUGUAAUCUUCUCGUACAGUACGAAGCAGUACUAUAAUAAACAAUAGUCAUACAUCAUCGUAUAAUAAUUGAUUAUAUAUAUCUAUAGUAACCAAUGCGAACAUAUUAUAUCUCGAAUGUACUGUGAGAAAGUUUGAUCAUUUGUGUGUUUACGAGAAUAACUGUAUUUCUUUUUAGCAUUAUGUUAAUCAAAAGAAAAAAAAAGUACAAAAGCAAAAUGACAUAUAAAAAUAUAAUUUUCACGUUAGGUCAUGGAAGAAUGACAAAUGUAUCAUUCUCCGCGUUAUUAUACAUUCACCAUAUUAUGUACACUCUGUGCAAUGCAACACAUAUUGGAUUGUAAAAUAGCUAGUAUAUAUUAAUUCAAGAUAUAGAUGAUAUAUUACUUUUAUAUAUAUAUACAUAUAUAUAUAUAUAUAUUAUUUUAACUUAUAAUGUAUUUUUGUCACUUCUAGCAAUUUUUUGCAUUUGUGGUUUUUCUCGUGCCUACUCCUUAUUUUUUUCUUGUAGCAUUUAAUGUAUAGUAUAAAGCAAAAUAUAGAUACAUGUAUUAAAAUGUA